GGCAGGGGGCGCCCCGCGGCUGGGCCCCUCCGGGAGGAGAAGGGGUUAAAGCGGGCGGGCGGGCGCGGCGCCGCCGUGGGGGUCGCCGCUUGGGGCAGCCCGCAGGCAGGCGUGGGGAUGUGCCACGGCGGGGGCCGUGCUCUGGGCGCGCGGCUGGGGCUGAGGAGGUGAAGCCUCUGCUCCCUCCCCGGGCGGAAUGGAGGCCGUGGGCGCUGCGGAGGAUGGGUUUUAUGAGGAGGAGGAGGAGGAGGUGACCUGCUACGACUUCGAGCCUCUGCCGACGCUGCUGGAGGACGAGGAGAAUGUGUCCCUUGCUGAUAUUUUGUCACUGCGGGAUAGCUGUCUUACGGAGCAAGAUAUUUGGGCAAUCUGCCUGGAGUGUUGCCAUUCUCUGAAGAGCAUUGCCCAUUCUGCAAUCUUCCAGACACUCUGCAUCACUCCUGACACACUGGCUUUUAACACCAAUGGCAAUGUAUGCUUCAUGGAACAACUCAGUGAUGAUCCAGAGGGUGCCUUUGUUCCACCAGAAUUUGAUAUCACCGGUAACACUUUUGAGGCACACAUCUAUUCUCUGGGUGCAACAUUGAAAGCAGCAAUUGAAUAUAUAGUAGAACCUGAGAUGGAAUCUGAAUUUGGGCAAGAUCUGCAUACUCUACUGGAACAAAUGCAAGAAGAGAAUCCUGAAAAUAGGCCAGAUAUUGAGAGUAUUUUGUCAUUAUGUGAAGAAAAACUGAAGAUUGCUUCAUCAAGUAAUAUUUGUCGAAGCCUGUCUGCUGUUGGAAGAAGGGUUCUUUCAAUUGAAUCAUUUGGUGCUUCUCAAGAUGCCUGUGAUAACAUGUGGAAGGGAAGAGUGUGUCAGAGAAGUUUGGGAUCUAAAUUAUACUCAAACGAGAAAAACAAUAUAGGUGAUUUGUCUGCAGUGGAAGAUGUGACAGCUACCUGUCAUAAGGACUCUUCUGUAGUUACUAUGGUGACUGGCAGAGACAGUGGUUUAAAGGAAGUGCAAAUUGAUCUGGAUAAUGAGAAAACUCAACAUUCUCAACUUGCAACUCAAGCUAAAAAGAGCAAAGAAGAGGACAAACAUGCAGUAUAUACUGACAGCUUUGCUAGUGUUGCUUUGGAUAUAAAAUCAUGUGUUAUUGACCUGGAGAGAGAUGGCAUUUUUAAGAAAGGUUCUUUGAGAAAAAUUAAAACCUUUCCAAAGCUACCACUUGAACCUACAGAAACAAAUCAUUUUUUUACAUCUGCAACCAACAGUGGAACUCUAGCUAGGAAAAAUCACUUGCUUACACAUGAGUCACUACCUCUAGACAAUAAUAAUGAAAUUGCUUUUUCAAAGGGAAAUCUUAAUUCACUUGCUAUUAGUAGUCCGCACAUAACAGAACCAAAGAAUCACCAGGUUACUGAUCUUCAUUUAGAAGCUCCUUGUGUGUGUACGCAGGUGUCUGGCAUGAAUCUAGAAGAACACGUAUCACUUAUUAAAGGUAAAAAGAUAGGUUUUAUUUCAUCUGAUCACAAAGAAGACUGUUCUGAUACUACCUCUGAAAUGCCCAUUACAACUGGUAUGCUAAAAAGUCCAAAUCAAUCAAUUGCUGGAGCAAAAAUGCUAGACAAUUACAUGGCAUUGGAAGACUGUACUGAAACUUUUCAAGGGUCAAAUGAAAAUUCUUUAUCACGCUUCAACAAGAUGACCUCAGUGUUGACAAAACCCAGUGGGAACAGAUAUGGAUCAAACCUAAUUAGGUCUCCAGAAUUAAGCAGCGGUACAAUGAGCGCAAACAAUAAUGAAGAUAAUCUUUAUCAAGGCAGAGGGUCAGAAAUCAAAAGUAAUGAGCAGUGGAUCUCCCUAAAACUCCUGUUGUCCUCGCAUGGUAAACCUCUGAAAGACUAUGAACUCUGGGCAUUGUGUCACGAGUGUUUAUGUACUCUGCACACUUGCACAGAUUAUCCAGUGGUCUUAUGUUUGGACACUGUACUGAUUGACUGCCAUGGAAGUAUCCUCUUUGCUGCUCCGAAAGCUGAAGAAUCUUGUGAUAUAUUUUAUUUAGCUCCUGAAAUUGAAGAAGAAGAUGUAGAUACUGAGAAGGUCUGCAUUUACGGUGUUGCUGCAGUUCUGUGGAUGGCAGCAAAAUACAGCUUUCCACCUAAUCACAAGCUAGCAUUGCCAAGAAAAUUAAAAAACCUUCUUCUGGAUAUGGCAAAAAAAAAUCCUGAAGAAAGACCUUCUCUAGCUGAUGCAAUUAAGACAUGCAGUUAUUAUUUACUUGAACGAGGAGUAAACAGCAAAAAUAUUUUGGCAUUGUUGAAUAAAUCUGUCUUUAAGGCUGUUGAGGAAGAAGUAAUCUCUUCUCAGAGUCAUGAUGCUUUUGAAAUUAAAAAUGAAAGACUUGAAAUGAGCCCUUCAGAGUCAAGUCUAGGAUUUGUGCCUAUUACCAGUGAAAGUAAACUUAUAGCAGUUAAAGGACCAGUACCGUGCCAAAUUUCCCUAAAUAGUGAGAAAGCUACAUUACCUGUAGCAUUCACCUCUCCUGCAACUCACUUUAAGCCUAUCAUUCUGCAACGAGAUGCAAACAUAACAAAAGAGGUUCACACGCCAGCUACUGAGCAAUUCAAGAAAGAGAUGAGAAAAGAAAAACACAUGGACCACAACAAAUCAGGAUAUGUAGAAGACUCUAAAAGCUAUGGUAUCAAGGACACAGUUGUUGUUGAAACUGCACCUGAAAUACCUGAGUGUCAUUUACAAGUUCCAGGCCACUCAUUCCAAAUAUCUUCAGAAGAGCAAAAGUCAGGCAAUGUGCUUACUUCUGCAGUUACAUUACCAUCGCCAUCUGAUUCCUCACAUGUUCUACAAGAAAAAAGCAUUUUAUCUGAGGUUCCUUCAAGCUCCUUAGCUUGUCCUACAUCUCCUAAUUCUCUUCAUAUAAAUAACAUCAUUCUCAAACAUGACUCAGAGAAAAGAGUUUUAACAUUUGUACCAGUACACUUAGCUGUGUCUGAGCAAAUACCAAAUAAGCCUCUUCGUUCAAGAAUUGCUUCUGAUUGCUAUCAUAGUUUGCCAGUGCUACUUUCGAGUACUAUUGCAAGUUAUCAACUGAGCAUGCAAACAGAAAAUGAGUCCUCCCCCUGCAAAGUGCAAAACUGUGAGACUACUAAUACACAGAAUGCAAUUGACAAAAGUAACCAAGUUGUUCAAACCAACUGCCAAGAAAUUGAGUGUGCUACAACCGUAGACAGUAUUUUUACUGACCAAGGACAUACACCAUGUACCUCAGUGGAUCAAAGUACUUCUUGUGACUUUGAUGUAGAAGUCCUGUCUCACCGGAACAGAACAAAUGACACUUUGCUACAGAAAGUGGUUCAUCUUAUACAAGAAGAGUUUGCAUUUGAUGGCUAUCUAGAGAACGGAGUUGAAGUUUUUGAUAUGGGUAACUUCAUUUUAACAUUAAAGGAAAUUAAGUUUGGUGUGUUCUCUGAUACAAUCUGUGAGAAGUUUUGUGACCUCUACUGGGAUGAAAAAUUACUGGAGAAUCUCUAUCACGUAGUAAAUGGAGAAAGAGCUUCACAUUUAUGCAUAGCUGAAGCAGAUGACUCAAAGCGUGGCAGCAUAUUCCAAGAUCUGAAGAAAUCUGACAGCUUUUUGGCAAGCAGCGAUCAGACAGAGGGAGAAGGGGAAGCAACCUUUGACAUGAAGGAUGAGCUUAUGAUAAAUACGUCAUUAGCUGAGAUGAAUUUUGAUGGGACGCCUUCAGAUAAUUUCAAAAAAGAAUCAAGGCUGCAAAAUACUACCCCUAUAGAAAAAGAAGGACAAUGUUUUCAAAGCAAUGGCUGUCAUACUGGUCCAGACUUUGCAGAGGAAAAUGUAGAGCCACAGGAAAAGACCAUGAUAAAGACAGCUGGAAACAACUACCUUGUGCCUCCAAAUCUACCUGACUUUCAUGGCUGUAGUCCGGGUUGGAGCAGUGCAUUUUAUGGAGCUGAAUGUUUUGAUUCAGAAGUUCAUAGUUACAUGAAAAAUCUUGGAAAGCAGAAAUCAAGUGAGUCACAAAAUAUAGAUGCUAAAAAAGUGGAGCUAGAACAAUUGCUAAUGAUGGAGACAAAAAAUUACAGAAAGACCAUACAGUUUUACCAGAAACUAUUGCAGAAAGAAAGAAGAAGCAAAGGUCUUGAAACUAGAUCUAUGUUGCCCAAAUUGAGAGGACAGCUACAGGAGAUGAAAUCAAAGGUGCAGUUUCUUGAACUGGUGAAGAAAUAUGUGCAGAUCAUGUAUGCAGAACAAUGGGGUGUGGAAUCCUGUGUGCUUCCUACAGUCAUUCACAACAGGAGAACUGACACCAUGGAUGUGGCACCCACAGAUGAGUCAACAUUGCUUGUUUACUAUAAUACAGAGAAACAUAAAUGCAAUAAUCAAAAUGGAAUAAGAGUUCUGCAGGCUGGGACACCACUUGGUUUAAUGGCUUACUUAUAUUCUAGAAAUGCAUUCUUAGAAGGGUAUGUACAGCAGUUUCUCUACACAUUUCGCUAUUUCUGCACACAAGAAGAUUUUUUGCAGUUUCUUCUUGAUAGAAUCAGCAGCACUUUAUCCAGUGCAAGCCUGGAUCCUUCCACAUCACUUACCAAAAUAUGUAACCGCAGUUUCUACAUCCUGCAGGCUUGGAUUGAGGACUGCUACAGUGUAGAUUUUGCAACAAAUGCAGACCUUUUAUGUACCCUAAAAGAAUUUAUUUCUUCCAAGGUAGCUCCGUUAAAUGGCUAUGGUGAGCGCUUGUUGUCAUUGCUUGAGGAUGCUUCUGCCAGGAAAAAUGGCAGUGCUCAGCAGUGUUCCAGCACGGACAAAUGCGAAGAAGGGGAGGAGGACAGAAGAACACUGCACUCCAUGUGUAAAAAGCUCUCAGAAGAUGUUUUCAGGAAGAACUUUAACUGGAAACUUUCCAAAGGUAAUGGACCAAUUGCACAGUAUCAGAGGGAGCGACUGUACACUAUUUCAUCGGUUUUGCCAAAGCCAUGCUAUAACAGUUUUACAGAAGAAUUCCCAGUCUCCUUUGCUAAAGCAGAUGAAGUUGGACCAUAUAUUUUAACAGAAUACAGUGCACAACAGCUCUGUUGUCAGCUGACAUUACUGCAACAGGAAUUAUUUCAUAAAUGUCAUCCAGUACACUUUCUAAAUUCAAGAGCACUUGGUGUUAAAGACAAAUGUGUUCCUGUCCAAAAAGCUGUUUCUGCUGAGGAAGUUUCAUUUAAAGUCUGUAAUCUGUUUCUAUCGAAGUGCAUACAGGACCAGUACCUUCUACAAUUACUGAGAAAUGCAGACAGUAUCAGUACCUGGGUUGCUGCUGAAAUUGUAACAUGUCACACAUCUAAGCUGCAGGUGAGCUUGUUAUCAAAAUUUCUUCUUAUAGCAAAAUCUUGCUAUGAACAAAGAAAUUUUGCCACCGCAAUGCAAAUCCUAGCAGGCUUGGAAAAUCUUAUUGUACGACAGUUACCAGCCUGGAAAAUUCUACCUGCAAAAGUAGCUGAAAUAAUGGAAGAACUCAAGGCUGUUGAGGUGUUUUUAAAAAGUGACAGUUUGUGUUUGAUGGAAGGAGAAAGAUUCAAAACACUUCCAACAAUUCCAUCAGCCCAUGUUUUGGCUAUGCAUGUCCAACAACUUGAAACUGGAGGAUUCACAAUGACAAAUGGAGCUCACAAGUGGACUAAACUUAGGUGUCUGUCCCCAGGAUCCCUGGGGUUUUCAGUACUCCUGUGAGAGUACUGGGAACUGUGUCCUAGUUACACUUGCUGCGUUUGAAAGAAGGUUUUAAGGAUCCACAUCUCCAACACCUCCAGAAGUCUACCAGGAAAUGUGGAUGAAUUCUGAUGAUUCCUAUGAACAAUUGCAUAGAAGCCCAGACCAAGAAACUAGAAAAUAUUUCAUGAAUCAACAUUGAUUCAUGAUUCUGACAAAUUUAUCUCCUUGGGAACUUUUCAACCAGUUCUAAACUUUGCUUUUAUGGUUUUCUGCAUUAUUCCUUUUAUAUAUCAGAUUGCUUUCACAACCAUUUCUGAGACUCAUAACUUUGUGAACAUUAUAUAUGAUUUGCAAAGGAUUAAAAUUUUAGGAAAUCUGUUUCUAAAUAAAAAAUGUCUAAACUACAGUUAGAAAGGAGGUAAGUUAACAAUUUUUCAGUGAUAAAUAUAUGGUUAAUUGUUUCAGUCCUUGAUAUUACAGUGAGAGAAAAUGUGUUGAUAAAUUAUUUUUCUCUCUCAUACUUGCUUAAAUGCAAUCCGACACAUACACGUUGCAUUCUGUUUAGAGGGGUUUUUUUUGAAAAUAUUCUUUCUCAAAACAGAUUUUAUAAAUAAUUAUUUUAAAAUACAUGUUGAGCUUUAGAAGGAGUCUUAAAGCUGUGGAAAUGCCAGGUUGAACAGUGUUUGAAAACUCAGAUCCCAUAAAUCAAGCUUAAUUGGCAGAGUGAUCAUCUUUAGGAUAUGACUUACUAACAGGUAUUCUUCACCUUUAAAUACUUUUUGUCUUUAUCUAGUCAUUAAAAAUAUAAAUAUUAUACAUGUAAGAAAUUUGCAGAUAGUCAUCUUACCUGCCCUGCUAUAAUUUGCAUUAUAAAUGUUUUUUCUCGAGAGAUCUGGUAAUUAUUUUAAAUAUCAAUAAAUGCAAGUGUUUGUGGUGG